UAUUUAUAAAAAAUCAAAAUAAAAAAAAUUAAAAUUUAAGCGCCAAUGUUAUAAAAUACGAAUUACCUACUUCAAAUUUUCACAAAAUUAGAUGACCGCGAAGAACUUUUCCAUCAUUACAGGGAUUUCAUCUACGUUAUAAAUGGAUCAAGUUCUUGAAGACCAUAUAUCAGAUAUUGACGAAGAGGAUAGUUUUUUUCAAGAUGUAGAUAUUUUACAGAAACAUGGCAUUAAUGUAGCAGAUAUAAAAAAGCUAAAGGCAGCUGGUAUAUGUACCAUAAAAGGCAUUCAAAUGAGCACAAAGAAGAAAUUAAACAAUAUCAAAGGGUUUUCUGAAACCAAAGUAGAUAAAAUAAAAGAAGCAUGCCAAAAAGUUGUUUCUCUAGGUUUUAUGACCGCUCUAGAAGUUAGUGACCGACGUAAACUUGUAUUCAAAGUAAGCACAGGAAGUAGUGAACUCGAUAAAUUACUCGGAGGAGGCAUCGAAUCUAUGGCCAUUACAGAGGUGUUUGGAGAAUUUCGCACAGGAAAGACUCAAAUAUCUCACACACUCUGCGUCACCACGCAAAUACCAACACCUAAUGGCUAUCAGGGCGGAAAAGUCAUGUUUCUGGAUACUGAACACACAUUCCGUCCAGAUCGAUUGCGGCCUAUUGCAGACAGGUUCAAUUUGGAUCAAAGUGCAGUCUUAGAUAAUGUAUUGUAUGCCAGAGCGUACACUUCAGAACAUCAGGCAGAACUUUUGGACUAUGUGGCUGCAAAGUUCCACGAAGAAGCAGGCGUGUUCAAAUUGCUCAUUAUCGACUCCAUCAUGGCGCUGUUCCGUGUCGAUUUCUCCGGCAGAGGUGAGCUAGCAGACCGACAACAGAAGUUGGCUCAAGUGCUGUCCAGAUUACAAAAGAUAUCUGAAGAAUACAAUGUAGCAGUUUUCAUUACAAAUCAGAUGACCUCUGAUCCAGGAGCUACUUUGACAUUCCAAGCAGAUCCUAAAAAACCAGUAGGCGGAAAUAUUCUUGCGCAUGCUUCGACGACUAGAAUUUCUCUGAGGAAGGGACGCGGAGAAAAUAGAAUCGCAAAGAUUUACGAUUCACCCGACUUGCCUGAAAGUGAGGCAACAUUCGCCAUAACUAAUGGUGGUGUCGCGGAUGCUAAAGACUAAUAAAUAAUUAUUAUGUAUUUUAUAAUAGCGUUUUAUUAGUCAAUUUAUUAAUUGAAUACUUAUACGACUAGCUAGGUCACGUUUUAUUACGUACCUAUCCCAUUAAGAACUGCGUCUAUUUAUUUAAACUUAUCUGCGCAAAGCACGCAUGUAAAAUAUACAGACGACUCGGGCAGAUGUAGAGUCCAAAAGUCAAUGAAAUCGCCUCGCAUUCGUCAUUCACAAUUACUGUGGCGCGGUGGCGUGAUACUAUAAGCCAAUUAUGUCUCUCCUUGCACGAUUAGAUAAACGCUACUCAUUCUAUUUUGUAUCUACUUAUGUGAAUAUAAUUAUACUGUCCUGAUUUAAUUAUUGUUUACGAAUAAAUAAUAUGUAACUAAUCUUAAGAGUACCUACUCAUCUACCUAGUACCUAAAUGAAUAAUUGUCAACAAACAGGGAAACCUUAAACCACAAAAAUAAAAUGCGACGAUUUGGAUGUUCAAUAAAAUAAACACAGCCUGAUUUGACUGUGUGGCGAUUUUGAUAAAAAAUACACACGUUUACCAAACUUAAU